UAUUAUUUUAUUCAGAAACCAAGUUAUAUUCCAAGUUAUAUAAACAAUUUUUGCAGUCUAGUAAUUGUCCAAAAUUGGUCUAAAAGAAGUGACUAUAGAUAUUACUCUUUUGCAUAAAAACUGUAAAAAAAAACAAAAUAUGCUGUAAUAUUAUAUAUUUUUAAUCAGUGUUAUCGUCACAUUUUAUAGUACAAAAAACAUAAACGUCCCUAAAACAAUAUACAUUUAUUUAAUUUUUAAUAUUAUUUUAAAUAUAGCAAAAGAUAUUAAUAAAUGUUUUAGAGAAUAUGUCAUUUUUGUUACCCAUAAAUGUAUUUUUAGAGAAAAAAAAGACAAGAAAAAUAACCAAUUGGGUAAAAAUAUAUUUAAAAACAAACAAACAAAAAAAACCUAAGUUAUAUUCUCUUAAAUAAACAAGUUUUAGUAUUUUACACAUUUUGCUUUGGAAGUAAAUGUAUUCUGCCUAGAUAUUUUUUACAGUAAAAUCACAAAAAUACUGAUUAGUAAUAUUUUUUGCAGUCUAGUAUUUGUUGACAUGAUUCACAUCAAAAUUGGUCUAAAAAAACGUGACAAAUAUUUACAACUGCAAUAUAAUAUAAAGAAAUAAUAUUUCAACACUACAGAUAUCACUCUUUGUUUAAAAACUGUUAAAAAAUACAGUAUGCUGUAAUUAUAUAUUUUAAAAUCAUGAUGGUGUCACAAAACAUAAACAUCCCUAAAAUAAUAUACUUUUUCAUUUAUUAUUAUUAUUUUAAAUAUAGCAAACGAAUAAGAAAUGCUUUAGAAAAUAUGUGAUUUCUUGUUAAUGAUACAUUUAGCAUUUUUUUUUGAGAAAAAGCAAGAAAAAGCUGAAAAAAAUAACCAAUUCUCUAAAUAUUCUUUUAUUCAAAAAACAAGCUAUAUUUUCUUAAAUAAACAAGUUUUUAAUAUUUUACACAUUUUGCUUUGGAAGUAAAUGUUUCCUGUCUACUGUAUAUAUUUUUACAGGAUAAUUUUGCAGUAUAGUAUUUGUUGACAUCAAAAUUGAUCUAAAACAAGUAACAAGUGUUUACAACUGCAAUGUAAUAUAAAGAAAUAAUAUUUAAAUGCUACAGAUAUCAGAAACUGUUAAAAAAAAUACAAUAUUCUGUAAUUAUAUAAUUUUUAGAGAAAGAAAAGGCAGGGUGAAAAUAUCUUAUAUUCUAAAUAUGUAAAUAUUCUUUCAUUCAGAAAAUGAGUUAUAUCUUUUAAAUAAACAAGUUUUAGUAUUUUACACAUUUUUCUUUGGAAGUAAAUUUAUCCUGUCUAAAUAUUUUUACAGUAAAAUGUCAAAAAUACUGAUUAGACAUAUUAUUUGUUGCAGUCUAGUAUUUGUUGGCAUAAUUCACAUCAAAAUUGUCUGUUUACAACUGCGAUAUUAUUUCUGAGUCACCCGAUCUUAAACUUUGCCACUGCGUCAGUGCAGAGGGCAGGUUUUGAGAGGACAAUCAUAAACCGUAUUAUGACCGUUUCUCUAAAGAUGAGAAACCCAUUACAUGAAACCUUGAGAAUAUGCCUGAUUGACAGAAAGCUUUUAAGAAAUUCCUUGUGCAACUGUGUGCGUGUGUCGGAACGGCUGAGGCUGCUCAGCUAUUGGCUGUUUCUGGUACAUUCAGAGUAAGUCACAGUCUCUGUGGUUACAGAGAAGCAGAGCUUCAGCCAAGACAGAAUCGCUGAGCACGUACCCUGUCCUCUCUCGGCUCGUAUCACAACAAGGGAGCUACGACUGAGCCUGAAGAGGUGGAUAGACUGGAAGAGAUUGCAGGUUGUUCUCAUCCUGAGAAUCCAGAGCAUACAGAGCUGAAGUCCCUGUCUGAGCCUGUAACCAUGGAGACAAGUGAAAACUCCGGCACAGCAAACAUAAUUGACUGUGAAAUGGAAGUCCUGGAGACUGAGUUACCUGAGAGCAAGGACACAGGAAGCAAAGAUGAACAAGUCUGUUAUGAUGCUGACGUUUUAGAGUCCAUUAGUACAAAAGUUGUGGCUGACAUUUUAGCAGGCUUACCUCCUACCGAGACCAAGGCUGAUGAUCUGGAAGAUGUUUGCACUGCCAAAGAGGCGCUUGUCUUGGAGGAUACUCAAGAAGAACUUUAUCGCAACGAGUCAAUUACCUCUUCAACGUCCGACACUCCGUCAAGUGCCGAGAGCAUGUAUGAGAAUGAUGUCACGCACAAGAGGCAAGAUUCGCUAAGACAGGAACCAGUGGAGAACGUAGCACCCCAACCAGAUAAUGUCGACGAUGGAGAUAUGUUAGUCCAAUUGGGUGUAGACUCACAGGAAGCCAUAUUAGAAAGUUUUGGAUGUGAAGAUCCAGAAGAAACCAUCCUUGAGCACUACAUCCGAGAGGAAGUUCUGUCAGACGUCUCCACGGAGUCUUGCCAUGACCCAGACGAACUAGAAGAGUGUCUUCGGGUCGAAAUAGCUGCGGCGUCAUCAGACAGCGAAACCGAUGAGAAGUGGAGGAACAUCUUCUCUUCCUCCAUAAAUAGGGAAGAUGAUGAUUCCUACAUUGACAGCCUUGAGCUGAGCGCACAAGAACUCUUUAUUCAAAAACCUUCCGUUGAGAAUACUGAGGACGUUUCAAAGGAAACUGAAGAGCUGGAGAUUCCGGUGGGAGAAGAAGUACUAGAACAACCAGAGAAUGAGCCAGUUCAGGAACCGCAGGAGAUAUCCUACAAUCCUUCCACACUGUUCCAUGGCUUGUCCAAGAUUUCCGAAGACGAUGAGGAGCUUGGACGAGGUUCAGCAACUCACAAGAGCAAUUCAUUUGACUCUGUCAAAUCCGAUUCCAGCAAAAAGGUGCCGAAAGAUUAUUGUGUGAUUCAGGAAAUGAAAAGCGAGAACGUUAGCACAGAACAUGUGGAUUUUAAAGUUGCCCGCCAACAGUGGCUAGAGAUCGAAGAGCAAACGAAAAACUUGACGCACCAUCCGAGCACACCAACGACUCGAUCUGGCACCUGCCAAGGUAGUCACAGUUUCAUGUAUACACCUGUCCGCAAUAUCGAAAGGCCAAAGAGGGACCUUGAGAGCUUGUCACUUCUAGAGGAUUACGCACAUACCCAGUUCAGCCCUUGCUCUGAGGAUUCAGGUCUGGACGACUCAAGUUACAGAUCACCGUUUGACGACCCAGAGACCCCAAUUGAAAAGGAGAUUCGCCUAACCAUGGAGCGUGAGGAAAACCUGAGGCGUGAGAGGGGAAUGUCAAAAUCGUACUCCAGUGACUGUGUACAGAUAAGAGCGAAAUCUGCCAACUUGAACCCUGGAAAACUAUGUCAAGAAGUCGAUGAGAAAAGGAAGAUGUUUGAAGACCGGGAUGAUGAUGGAAGCAUAUCCAAAUCUCUCAACAACAACACGCCUUCUUUCAUCAUUACCUCCUCACCAACCAAGAGCACACAGAACCAAGACUUGGCCGCCAACAAUGUUAUCAUCCUCGAGCCAGAGCCUUUCCCUCCAAGUCCAAGGCAUGGAAAAAUGGUGUCCUCCAAAUCUGCAGACUGGAGACCUGAAGAUACCCCUAAUGUCAUCAUUCUGGAGACGUCGAACCUUAUUAUUCGAAGUGCAUCUGAGUUCAACUUGAAUUCCGCCUCUGAGGAAACCCAAGAGAAGAUGUUCCUCAACAACCCGUUUUUCAAGCUGCGGUCCAGGAGUACAAUAUCUCUAGUUGACGAGGAGAUUAAGAUGGUGAAGCAGCGAGAAGAGGAACUGAAACGUCAAAGGGCCAGUAUUUACUCGAAGGAUCACUUCCUGAUGUCUCCAAACCGUUUGGACAGCUCAUCGUUUACAGAUGAUGUGCCAAUUAAAUGUAAAUCAUCCCCUUCAUCUCCAAUGAAAACAUGCAGAAUGGAUCGUUCAGCUUUGUCAUGUGAUCAUCGAUUUCCUGAACCCUAUACUGGAGGCCGACGUAAAAGUGCCAUGGCUCUGCGCUGGGAGGCAGGGGAGUUUGCGAACAAUGAGUAAAAAUGGACACUGAUCGUCAAAUUGCAGCUGUUUUACGUAAGAGAAUUUUCAAUGCUCAAACUCGUCUGUUUAUUGUGACAGCAUAUACACUUGCUACUGCUGCUUGUGUGACUUUGUUAUUGAUCCAGAAAAAUCUGCAUACGCCGAGAUGCCUAAAUGUUAUUUGAAUGUAUUGUUUCACGCAUAUUUGUGAUUCCUCUUUGACGAGGUAUCUGGAGAGACUUAUAUACCAUAUUUUUAGUGUUUUGUCUACGAAGUUGAGGAGAAUAUGUAUUGUAUAUUCAUAUUGUAUUUUCUUGGCAAUGUUUGUAUAUCCCUAAAUUAUAUGAAAGCAGUAUUGCAAGGUUUUAGGAUAAAAUUGAAGUGAAAAUGGAUGUAUUUUGUUAAACAUCACUGAAAAUUUAAUUUGGUAUCUUUUGUCACAUGAAGAUUCUUUUUUAAAAAGAAUUAAUCAGAAUUUGAUUAUUAUGAUUGCUCUAAUAAUAUAGGCCAAUUUUUGAACGUAAUAUUCUGCAUCCAGAUUACAUUUCAGUACUUCAGUUAUACUCAGUAUGAAACCUUAAAGCUAUUUAUUAAUUAUAUUAAUCUUAGAAAAUAACCUAUUAUUUAAAAAUGACCUGUUGCUUUGUUGUCUACAGAUAAUGUGCAUAUUUAUGUCAAACCGCCAUGCUUAUACAACAGUAUUGCUUGCUAACCUUUGAAUUCAUGUCAGUCUCAAGAAAGUACUUGCUUUGCAUACCGUUUGAACAAUUGUGUUCAAAAUACAAAUUCAAAAAUAAAUGGCAAUUAAAGGCAAUUGUCUAUUUAUACUAAAA